UGAAAUUUAAGACCGAGCGCUACAGUUUCCAUUUUUUGCUGCUCCUCUCCUCUCCUUCGUCGCUUCAUCUCCCCGCCGACUGCACACGACGAGGCGGAGCGGAAAAGACCGAAACCCUAUAGGCGGCCAGAAGACUCUUCUACAGAUCUUUGGUCCGGAGAAGAAAUUUCAACAAUGGUGGGAGCGAAGAAGAAGGUGAUGAGUUACGAAGAAGUCCGGCGGCAGAGGGUGGAAGAGAACAAGAAGAGGAUGGAAGACCUCAACCUGCUGAAGCUCGCUAAGCAUCUUCGUCCCCAACCCAAUCCCUCCUCCAAUCCUUCCCCUCAGGCGAAACCCAGAGCUCGCCGGCCGGCGGUGCUGGCUCCGGCGAGGAGGUCGUCACGGAUAGCGGACCAGCCCUCUGUUAGCUACAGGGAAGUAAGUGCUAGGAUGCACUUCCAUUCCAGGACCUUCAGCUACCAGAGAAGAGAUCUGCUGAAUCGGGUGUAUGCAUCUAGUGAGGUAAGGCAAUAUGCGAUUCAUAGAGCUGAAGAACUUCAAUCCACUUUGGAUCCAGAGCAUCCAAGCUUUGUGAAACCCAUGCUCCAGUCCCAUGUCACUGGAGGGUUUUGGCUGGUGAGUUUGAGUUCCGAAUUCCGAGGGCUGCCAUCCCUCUUCUGCAAGACGUACCUUCCGAAGGAGGACGAGAUGAUGACGUUGAUAGACGAGGGAGAAGAGCCAUCUCAGACCAAGUACCUUGCUGGGAAAACUGGUCUCAGUGGCGGGUGGAGAGGGUUCGCCAUUGAUCACGAGCUGGUCGAUGGAGACGCAUUGGUUUUCCAGCUGGUCAGCCCCACAGAGUUCAAGGUGCAUAUCAUUAGGGCAAAUGAAGUGGGAGGCGAUUCUGAGAAGGAAAACCAAGAUGAGGAGGAAGAAGAAGAAGAUGAAGCCUUAGAGAAGGGAAAGCGGGCCAAGGCGAAAGCUGCAGAGAAGGAAAACAAGAACGAGGAAGACGAUGAUUUGGACAGCACUAGGAGGCGUUCUAAAAGGAUCAGAACAGGUCGAAAGUAGUGUCCCAUUUGGAGCUGAAAAUGGGGAUUUUGUUUUGGGCGCUGGUAGCAGUAGGCAUUCCUUUUGUGCUGUGGAAAGGCUAGCUUUCCUAAGGUACGCCAGUGUCACUCUAACCAUCGGACCUGUAAUUUUAGUCGUAGCUAGGUGAAGACUCCCAAACAACUGCAGCAGAAAUUGCUGAUUUUGUCAUCGGCAGAUAACUCUCGACAUGGAAUUUUCCAUUGGUCUUUCAGUGUGGCCGAUUGUAGGGAAGAAAUUUAUGGUUAUAAACGUAGGAUUUGUAGCUGAGGGUUUCCUCUGUCUUCAAUACUACUUCAGUUCCAAAGUUACAUAACAAUCAUCAUUCUGGAUCAAGCUAAUGGUUCAACGUCUACUUCGUCGUAGAUGAAUGUUCAUGCUUAAAGACUGCACAUAGUCCACAUUCCUUAUUUUUUC